UUAGGCUGCAUGACAAACAAAACAAGACACAAUACUGUGAAUCUAUAUUUGCAGUAAAGGAGAAACGUCUUGCUGAAGUGAGAAACUGUGUAGCAUUUUGUAGAUAAUCUAAACCAGCUAGGAUGCCAACUUUAGGAUCAAAGAGAAAAGACAACCCACCCAGGAUGGAGAAGUACACUGGGGGCAUGCCACAGUUGAGCAAUGAGAUGCAACUAGACAUCCUGAACAAGGUGAAGAGUGGACAGUUAUCAAUCGAUGACGCUCUGCAGCAGGCAAGGAUGGACAGAGAACAGAAGAUGACAGAUGACAAGGAACUAGAAUCUCAGUACAACUUUAGCGUUUACAAGCAUGGCCGCUACAGGUGGCAGAAACGGGUUUUACAGAUUGAUUUCAGGACCAAAAUGGUGUGCAGCAUAGAGAAAGGAAUCGUUAAGCGGCAACUUCCCUUCUCUAUUGUCAAGAGUUGUGAUGAUGGAGAGGGUUCCAGGUACUCUAUUUCCUUUAAAGGACAUCAUGAUUAUGAAUUGGAGGCCACGUCGCUGGAGGAUAAACAUAAGAUGAUGGAGCUUGUCAAUAAGAUAAUUUAUAAUAACAUAUACAAUGAUCAUGGAGAAGAAAAUGCAGAAUCCCAAGAGCAAUCUCAGGCACCACAGAGCAUUCGAGAAGGGAUGUUGUUGCUGCACAGAGGAGGCUUGGCAUCAUUUAAAUGGAUGAAAUACGAGGCCCGGCUCCAUCCAGGACAACUAACGCUGGUCCCGUUGAGGGAUGGGGAGAUGAUACUCUCGGUGCCUGUUUCCACUGUGAUUCACCUGUCAGACGGUGACACCAGAGUGCAGAAAUGUAACGACUCUGACACUUUCAGUCUAAUCACCCACAAAAAUGAGUACCAGUUCAAGGUGCCAGAUGAAACAGUUGCCCUGGGGACUGUGCAACAGGAACGGGAUGCAUGGGUCAAAGCUAUUGACAAACUGUGUUCAGAGUGGAAAAGGAAGUCCAAGAUGUUCAUGGAACAAAAGUCCUUUCGACAAGUGAGCAUAACCGAAGACACAGAGGACAACGAUACAGAUCUCGAGUCCAGUGGUGAAUUCGGUGCUGGCAGCAUCACUUAUCCUCCAGCUGAUAAUAAAAAUGUUGAUCCACCCCUGAGUGAUGGAGAUAAUUUAUCAGCUCAGCAAACCCAUCCACCAGCUGAUCACACAAAGCCUAUUCCUAAACCUCGCAGGAGGAAUUCUCCCCAAAUAAUCCCACCUCAGGUCUCAUUACUGCCCUCUCCCAGUCCGACAUCUCCCACCUCCCCUCCAUACAGUCUCCGUGCUAUCCUUCAGCCCCCUCCCGCAGUCCCAGAGUCUCCUGCCCAAGAGGCAGGGCCUCCCCCCCGAAGCAUCCCAGCUCCUCCACCUUUACCCCUCAACCUAAAUUCAAAAAAAGCAUGCACCAAGGUUUUCCACUGGGAUCUUAUUGGCCCAGACAAGAUUGCAAAAUCGUUCUGGAUACAGGAACGCAUGGGGAGGAUUGAAAUCGACACAUCACUCUUACACAAGCAAUUUGCUGUUAAAGAUCUUCGGACAGUUGGUGUCGUUGAGCCAAAUAAUACCCAGCAUAUUAUGCUGAACCAGAAGAUUGCACACAACUUCAACAUUUUUCUCAAAAGUUUUCCGGUGCAACCGGGAGAGCUGAAGGACAAACUGUUCAUCAUUAAUGAGAAAGAUGGAGGCCUGUCUGAUGAGCACAUCACCUCUCUGAGGAGGUAUGUCCCCACCAUGGAAGAUGUGGAAAGGUACAAAUCCUACAAAGGACCUGUAGCUGAACUGCAUAUUGUGGACCAGUACAUGAUGGAGAUGUGCAACAUCGCCUACCUGAGCACACAACUCGACCUGUUGUUGACUCUGAGAGAGCUUCCGAUCAGCAUGAACGACCUGCAGCCCCUGAUUAACCAGAAGAUCAGAAUGUGCAUGCAGCUGUACUACUGCAGGUCAUUUGUUUCCGUGCUGGAGUACCUCCUCGCCAUUGGCAAUUACCUCAAUGAGAAUGCCGGGAAGGAAAAGGCCAAGGGAUUCCGUCUCUCCUCCUUAACUAAACUCGUCCAGCUCCGUGGGACAGACAAGAAGUUCACCUUGCUUCAUGCCCUUGUGGAGCAGAUUAUGUUGCAUGAACCGUGCUUGGCCACUUUUCCCCAGGAGUUGGCAGAAUUUGAAACUGUCCCUGGAGCUUCCAUCAAAGGCUUGACCGCAGAAGUAGAUGUCCUGAAGAAUGAACUAAAGAAAAUCACUCAGUAUAGAAAAAUGUCCAAGAAGAAAAAUAUAGCAGCUCAGAAUCCAAACUUCUUCAAAGACCUGAAGAUGGCGAUUGAGAAAUAUAACGCAGAUCUUUCGGCCCUGACGAAGACAUGCGAGGAGAUGAAGAAACUCUACUCUGACAUACUGGUGAAAUUUGGAGAACCGGCGGAUCAAGACUCUCAGGAGCUCUUUGGCUUGCUUUGUCAGUUUGUGCAUGACUUCAAAAGGGCACAUGCUGAAGCUGUAUGAGUUAUAGAGUUAUUGCACAGAGUACUUACAUUAGUGAGGGCAGAGACUGCAGUGUUGCUUACUAAAUGAAACUGAUCCAUCUUUGUUGUGACAAUUAUAGAAGUUUGAGGUACAGAACUAUAUGACACAGUGUAACUUAAUUAGUUUUUUCAAACUGAUGGUUUGAUUUAGUUUUUUUUUUUUUAAUAUAUAUAUUUCCUGAGUUGUACAGAUAUUUUAUUAGAUAAUGGACAAUGCAUUCAUUGUAGCAAAUCCUAUCCCUGGACAGCCUGACAGACUGACUAUGUCACGGAAAUCAAUUUUGUGAAUACAAACUGAUUUAUGUCACAUCGUAUCAUAUCAUAGAUUGGUUUGAUUUGUGUUUACUGACAUUUAUUUUGAGACAAAUCAGUAAUGAAGGAUGUAAAAGCCCUUGGUUGGAGCCAACACCCAGAUGCUGAAGUGUGCUGUGAAAACUCACAGCUCUCUUUGCUGGCAGAAGCACAAACCCCCACCCCCUAAAAACAACUCAUCAGAGGCCAGCGGAGGUGGGCAUUCUUUGGGUGUGUGAUUAUUUUGAACAUUCGGUUGUUCUUUGGUCGGGGACAUUGCCUGUUCUGGUUCUCUGUUAGAAACUCCAAGGCUGGCUGUGAUUCACAUCUGCUAUGUGGAAAAAAAAACCCUAAAAACAUGAUCAGCAACAUACAUUUCGCUUUCAAACAGAAGAAAGGUCUUCUUAUUGCCAGUUGGAACUGAUUGAUGUGCCUUUGUGUGUUUGACAUUUUAAUCAGUUAACAGAAAAAAACACUGUUUAUACCCAUAACUGUGAACGGUGGUGGCAUAAUGAAGAAGACCCCUCGCUGAGAUGGAAAAGUUGCAUAUUUUUCCGUUCUAAAAGGAGAAACCAAUUAUUUUAAUUAAAACUGUAUCUGUAGAAACGGGUGAUUCAUUAGCAGGAAACAUACAAAACGGCUUUAUAAAAUAUUUAGUUCAUGCAGCUUUUGUUUCAUACAGAAUUGUAACUGGCUUUUGUGUUUUUGUGCUCUUCACUUCAUGCUCUUGUAUUGCAUUUGAAAUCGAAAACUGAUAAAUCUCAUAACAUUUAGCAUAUAGAAAAAAAAAUCAAUACUAAAAGUUAUUUCAGAUUAUGUGGCCUUCUAUUUUAUUGCUCUGAAUUAGUUUUAGUUCUAAAAACUAAAAGAUAAAUAUAUUAACUAUAUUUUUUUCUACCCUUGUUAUAACCUUGUGUUUCUGCAGCUUUCAUUCAUUUAACAGACAUCUAACCUGAGUUCGGGUUGUGGGAUUUAAAAGGCUGUGCAAAAAAAAUCCUAACUGCAAUGUAAAUGAUUGGACAUUUUUUCCCAACUAUUAUUCCCUUCAGCCAUGUGACAUCUAAGAUACAGUAAUGUGCAAAAAUCUUGAGCCACCUAUGUUUUCUUCAUAUUUUGCUUCCAAGGAAACAGAUUUUCUUGGAUCUUUUUAAAAGUAGUAUUGAGCAAUAGCUCUCCAGGCUUUCUAAAGGUCAUUCAAAGUUUUACUUUGGACAGUGGCUGCUUUUUUGGUGCAUUCCUUGUAUCUGACAAUUUUCAGAGGAAUCCUUUUUUUGUUUGUUUGUUAAGCCACUUAACACCGAUCUACGAAUCAUUCAAGCAUAAAAAAGACACCCAAGUCAAAGGAUGAAUGAGUG